AUGUCCGGCAUUCAAUUCAAGGGAUACGCCAUUCACGACAAGAAAAAAUGGAGCGAUUUGAAACCUGUCGAAAUCCAACCAAAGAAAUGGGAGGAAACCGAUAUUGACAUUGCCAUCACCCACUGCGGUAGUCGGCACGAGAUUAUCGGCAAGGCCGUUCGUGUAGGAUCCAUUGCUGCCGAGAAGACAGGCUUCAAGGUUGGCGACCGCGUAGGCGUGGGUGCUCACAUCUGGAGUUGCGGUGAAUGUCAAGCAUGCAAGACCGACAACGAAAACUACUGUCCCAAGGGACUGGAUACAUAUAACUCCCCUUAUCCUGAUGGAAUCAUUUCCCAAGGUGGAUUUAGCACUGCGAUCCGUGCUGAUCACCGAUUCGCUUUCCCUAUCCCAGAGAAGCUCAAAUCGGAGCAUGCAGCUAGUAUGCUCUGCGCUGGACUAACGGUCUUUUCGCCCCUUGUCCGGAAUGGCUGUGGUCCAGGCAAGAAGGUUGGUAUUGUGGGGCUUGGUGGUCUCGGGCAUUAUGGGGUCAUGUUUGCUAAGGCACUGGGUGCCGAGGUCUACGUUCUUUCGCACAGCCCGAAUAAAGAGGCCGAUGCGAAGAAGCUUGGAGCUGACCACUUCAUUGUAACUAGCGACAAGGUAGCGGUGAUUAACUCUGCAAAGAUUGAUGUGACUGAAGGAUAUCCAUUGAAGGAUUUCCUUCCGUUACUGUUCGUCAAUGGUGUCUUUGUCAACGUUGGAAUUCCUGAUUCCCCACUUCCCCAAAUCGGGCCGUUUGAUAUCGUUGCCAACGGAGUUCACCUUGCAGGAUCACUUAUUGGAUCCAAGAAGGAGGCUAUCCAAAUGCUGCAACUGGCUGCAGAUAAGGGAAUUGAGCCAUGGAUCGAGUUGAUGCCGAUGAGCAAAGUAAAGGAAGCAGUUGAGGGCAUGAAAGAGGGCAAACCCAAGUACCGCUACGUCCUGGUCCAAGACUUUGUUCCGACCGACGGCAGUGGCUUCCAUUGA